AUGCACAUACAAGGCUUUCAACUCACUUCAGAAUUUUGGGAGUAUGCGCAGCUGACCAAUGGUGGCAGGCCAGUAUGUUCCUCAAAUGAAAGAAAUCUGUUUCUUAGAGCAAAUGUAGGUCUCUAUUUAGGAAACUCGAAGAUUGAGAAUUAUCAAAACGGCCGUCUCUAUCUGACAAAUUUGCGUCUCAUCUAUAUCCCUUAUGUCCCCAAUGAGGCUUUUGAAAAGAGCGUUGGUCUGUCAUUAAAUUUACUGUACAUCGAAAACCUCCAAUUCCAAGCAGGAUUCAUGAGGUCAAGUCCAAAGAUCCUUUUGACUUUGACUAAAUCAACUCCAGAUUUAGAGCACGAUACGCUCUAUAAUACCCUAGAUUGGGAGUGUUCCAUAUGUUCUCAUUUGAAUAAAUGUGAUCUUAAGAUGGUAUCCGGGCUAACUGUUCCAAAAUGUGAAAUUUGUGGAGUUAGCGCCAACGUCGACGAACUUAAUAAGCUCAAAAUUGAAAACCAAAAUACUUCACGAUCAAAAACUGACAAGAAGAUGGGUGAUCAUAACAAUCUUUUCAAUCGAAUGAACCGCACAGACGAAAAUGUCAAUAAGUUGGAGUUGCAUAAAUGUAGGAGCAUGGAUUCACUAAAACACAAUGUAUCAAAUGAAAUAGAUUUAAACUCGAGGCCGAUUUUUCAUCUGUCAGUCAAAACCGAUGUUAGGGAUCAGUUCAAUUUCAAGUUAAGUUUCAGAAAUGGAGGAGCUCGCAUUUUUUUUGAGAAGCUAAAGUUUGCUCUCGGACAAGCUAAAUGGUUACGUGCAGAUUCAAGAUAUCAAGUCAAUGCUGGAGCUUUGAAGGUAGCACGAUCUUGCUCUCCACUCAACUCCGACAUUCAGUCAAAACCAUCGAACAUGACUUCAAAUUUUAGUUUGGAAGCCACUGAAAAACGGGCUGGUAUUCAUGGGCUGGAAACACUAACUUCUUUGAGAAAUACUGAGGUUUCCACCUUUCUUAACAGUUCGCUUGGAGACUUACAGAAUUUGAUGGAUAAAAGCAAAGAUUUGGCAAAGAUUGGAGACGACUAUAGACGAAUGUUGAUGAACAGUAAAACUGUACAUAAGGAAGUCGGUCAUGCAGUUGAGCUUCUCUCGCGAUCCAGAAAUUCACUGAAGUUACUCGGAAACAUACUUGACGACCAUGAAACUAUCAAAGAAGCUAAUGAUUUCUAUACUGUCGAGUCACUCAAUUUGCUCAAGGAAGCAACUGGUUCACAAGCUGGUUCGUCUCUUUACGUGGAAGAACUUUCUCGACAAGUAUACGACUUUAUCAUUCAAGAAAAUAUAAUCAGAGACAAAAAUGGUUUAGUCACCGCCCUUGAUCUCUAUUGUCUCUUCAAUAAAAGAAAAGGAUUUUAUUCAAUAUCUCCUCACAAUUUCCUUCUGGCAGCCAUUUCCCUUGAGCGAUAUGAUCCUGAUCUCCAGCUAAUCGAGUUACAGCUACAAUCUCUUCAAAUGGUAAAGGGAGAGAUAGCUGGGGAGACAACUGAAAAGGCUCGGUCGCUAUAUGCUAUCUGCUCCUCCACGAUGAAUGCCAAAUCGAUUUCAAGAUCUAUUCUAGACGUCCUAGAGUCUGGCGUCUCUAGAGGCUACUCAGCUCUGGAGUUUCAGAAUAUGUGUUCUAUACAAACCAAUUUACUUUUACUUCAAUCCGUCCUAAACGCACUGACUAAAGAUGGUGUUCUGUGUGUUGAUUCAACGCUACAAGGUGAAAAAUAUUUCAAGAACGAAAUUUUUCAUUUUAGGGCUCAAUGCUAA